CCUCACGUGAUUUGGCUGACGUCACACCCGGAAGCAGCCCUGCAGCGGAGCGGGCAGCAAUGAGUGGGGAGCCAGGACAGGUGUCCGUAGUGCCCCCUCCCGGGGAGGUGGAAGCAGGCAGUGGAGUCCACAUCGUGGUGGAGUACUGUGAACCCUGCGGCUUUGAGGCGACCUACCUGGAGCUGGCGAGCGCCGUGAAGGAGGAGUAUCCGGGCAUCGAGAUUGAGUCGCGACACGGGGGAACAGGGGCCUUUGAGAUUGAGAUCAAUGGACAGCUGGUGUUCUCCAAGCUGGAGAACGGGGGGUUUCCUUAUGAGAAAGAUCUCAUCGAAGCCAUCAGAAGAGCAAGCAAUGGAGAACCUUUAGAAAAAAUCACCAAUAGCCGGCCUCCCUGUGUGAUCCUGUGACAACACGUGAUUCUUGGAAGCUUGGUUCUGGGGCUCAAACCUGUUUCCUUGGGGCUUCACUAGGAACUUCCUCUGCCUUUUGCCCCUCACUUAGCUCCACUUAGCCCCUUUGGGCACAAGGAGGGGCUAGACAUUUCUAUGGUCUUGGAGGCAGAAAGGAGAUGUUUUCUGUGGACAUUUCCACGACCAUCUCACACCCCUCUCCUGGGAUCCGUGGUGCCCUCUGCAGCUCGGUCCUCUCCCAAGCUUAGCAGAUUCUGUAACUUAUUUUCCCCGAGUCCUGGGUAGUGUCAGCUAUUGGCAAUAAAGAGCUAUUAGCGCUACAAACACUUGUGCAACUGGUGUGUGUUUAUGUCCAGCCUGCAGGAGCACAGAGGUCAGUCCAGACCUGUUAACACCUACUGGGUUGGCCCUCUCUAGACAGAGGCAGCUUUCUUAGGCAAGGAAGAUGAGUCACACAGACAGCCCCUUCCCCCAGGGGGAGAGGACCUCAUUCCAGUGAUGGCCUUGGAAUGAGUAUGUCCAAUGGAGAACGACCCUGUUGCCAAAGGGUCCUCAGAAAGGAAUCCUAACUCCCCAGUCCCCUAACCCCAAACCAAACCACCUCAAACUACCCACUCGCUGGGGGGAGAGC